GAUGCAAUUAAGAAGUGAGGAGCGUUUUCCUUGACCGGUACCGUGCUGUAUAUGUCCCAACAUUAUUGUGGGUUGUUGGCCAAAUAUAUGGUAUGAAUGCACAUUUAAAUGAAGAUUGAAGACAAUGAUGUGAUAAUUACUGUUGAGAUGCAAUUAAGAAGCGAGAAGUGUUGUUUUCCUUGACCUGUACCGUUGUAGAUAUAUGUCCCAACAUUAUUGCCAUGGGAUUCCCAGCGGAGAGCUUAGAGAGGAUGUACAGAAAUGAUAUGGAACAUGUAGUCAAGUUUCUGAACUCACAUCAUCAGGAUCAUUACAAAGUAUACAACCUGUGCUCAGAGAGGAAUUAUGAUACGUCGCGAUUUGAUCAUCGAGUGGCCCACUAUCCAUUUGAUGAUCAUAAUCCUCCUAGGAUAGAACUUAUUCGGCCAUUUUGUGAAGAUGUCAUGCAGUGGCUGGCCGAAGACAAAGACAAUGUGGCAGCCAUUCAUUGCAAGGCAGGCAAGGGAAGGACAGGGGUAAUGAUCUGCGCCCUGUUACUCCAUCAGGGUCGGUGUCUUACGGCAGCAGAAUCCAUGGAAUAUUAUGGCAAGAUCAGAACUACAGAUGGAAAGGGAGUUACCAUUCCAAGUCAGAGGAGAUAUGUACAGUACUACGGGGAGCUGGUGAAACGCAACACACUAUACAAAACACAAACGGUACUUCUGAAACGCGUGCAACUCUAUACGAUACCUAUGAUGAGCAGUGGAACAUGCUGCCCUUUCUUCACGGUCCACCAACACAAGGUCAAAAUUCAUACUCAGGAAGCUGUGAAGGGGGUCAAGAAAGGGCUGAGCUGUGUUGAGUUUGAGCUGCCCCACGCAUUGCCCAUACGAGAUGACGUGAAAAUAGAAUUCUACCAUAAAUCAGGGCUGCUCAAAAUGGAUAAACGGCUGAUGUUCCACAUGUGGUUCAACACCUACUUCAUUGUGCACCCAAUCCAACCCGACAAGGACUACUUCGGUCAGGCGCGAUCUCACUCCAGGCCCACCAGCACGGUCUCCUGUCCCUCACCCGACCAAGCGAGAGCUCCCUUCGCCGAGGAUGAGAUGCUGAACGGAGGGGAGGAGUUUGUCUUGGAGCUGCACAAAGACGAGAUAGACAAGGCCAACAAGGACAAGACAAACAAGGUCUUCUCUCCAAAUCUUAAGGUGAAGCUGUUCUUUGCAAGAGGUCGUGAGGACCAGGUACCACCCACACCGGAGCCCAGCGAAGGCAACCUUAGUCCUUCGCAGAGUGAGAAUGAUUUACUAGAUGAUCAAGACCUUGAUGACGGGACAGACUCAGGAGAUGAAGAUUGUAUAUAUGAAACCAGUGAGUCUUCAGUCGUAUGAUAGCGGAACUGUUCGGCGGCGGCAGAUUAUUAACUAUCAGUACAAAGAAAUAUUCCAUGUAUAGAUAGAAGCGGA